AUGAAAAUUAACCGUCUAAAUGUGGAAAAUGAGGUAAAGAAAGGCGCCAUCCCGCGGCAAAUCGAGUGCUACAGCUGCAUGUCGCUGUCCUAUCAGACCAAUUGGAAAUACCUCCAGAGCACUUAUAUAUACCCAAAGGUAUUCACCGAUCGGUGUCGUGACCCUCAACAGGAACGGGCUAUGCCUACUGUAAUGUGCAGCAGCAUUUGCAUAAGUCUGCUUGAGCCCGAGAUUGAAGCCGGCGUCCUCAUCGGCUUCAAGCACAUUCGUGGCUGUAUGGACCGUGUCCUCCGGAAUGGCUUCAACGAGACGGCCAUCCGCACGCAUCGAUUUAAUCAAAAUAAUCAAUGCCGGACGCUGUCCCGGGCAGCGCUCUUCAACCCGAUCAAGGGCCAGGAGCAAUACGCGCUCGGAGAGGUGCAACUCUGUAGCUGCUACGGGGAUCGCUGUAAUGGCGGAAGCGCCGGGACGACGUUCCGCUUCUUUACCAUCAUCUCCAUCGUGUUGAUAGCCGGCUUUCUGCGGCCGCCCUGGCCGGAUAUU